AUGCCUCUACCCUACGAAACCGCCCACUUGCUGGUGAUUAACUUGCAAAAACUCGCAUCUUCUGAUUUGCAAGAGACACAAAAACUUCUCGAGGCCUGUGAGGCACACGGCUUUUUCUACCUCGAUUUGAAAGAAUCCGAAGGAUUCAAAAAAGAUUGGAGCAGCAUUCUGGUACUCAUGCAAACCUACUUUUCUCAACCAUUGGCACUGAAGAUGCAAGAUGCUUAUCAAAGCGAUACUUGGGGAUAUGAACCGGUUGGAACAUCAAGUGGAGUGAAUCAGAAACUAGAUGACUACGAAUCUUUAAAGAUAUCACGAGAGGAAAUAAAGUAUUCGGAUCAGUUUCUUCGAACAGAGAUCGCGAAGAAGAAUUCCAAACUCUUCAGACGUUUCAUGAACGAGGUACAUGCCAUCACAGAAACAAUUCUUGCCAGUCUGUCUGCUGGGUUGAAGCUCGAUGAGAAUACUGCACUUGGAACUUACCAUAGCGAUGCACAGCCGUCUCGAACCACAUUAUCUCUGUUUCGCUACCCGAAGAUAGAACCCACGACAUUGGGUCAAGGACACAACAAACACACAGACCUCGGCACACUAACGCUAUUGCUCGCCAAGCAGUGGGGGCUCGAGAUUCUCUCGUCCGAGGGCACUGGGUGGAAACCAGUGCAGCCGAGUGGCGACUACGCCAUCAUCAACGUCGGCGAUACCCUCCGUUUUCUCACCGGAAAGAAGCUCAAAUCUGCUGUGCACCGUGUGGUGCCAACCGAGGAGCUCAAGCACACAGAUCGCUUCAGUAUAGCGUAUUUUCUGCGUGCUGCAGAUGAUGUGAGGUUUUUUGAUAGCAAGGAGAGGAGCUUUUCGGCCAAAGACUGGCAUGAUACCAAGUUUGAUGUCUUUCGACAGAGCUACGAAGAACAGGAGGCUGAGAUAUUUCUCACGGGUGGCAUGGAGAAGAGCGAUGUCCUGUUGGCAGUUUAG